AAAAAUGCCGUGUUCAGCAGUAACAUUAUCACUUGCAACUGUAAUAUCAAUCGUAUCAGUUGCAUUAUUAGCCAUUGCAUUCUCAACAGACAAUUGGCUGAGUUAUGAAGUAAAGCGGAAAAAUAUUAUGACUUUUGCCGCAAGAAGCAGCGACUCACAACAGUUAGUUGAGCAAGUAAACUCGAAAUACUACUAUUAUACGAGAACGCGUGGAUUAUUUAGGAAUUGUUAUCCAAAAGAAAGACCUCCUGCUUCAGCUGUGGAAAUUUAUCUCUCACCAAUUGAGACGCACUGCUCGAACAUUGAUUAUUUCCCAUCAAUUGAUAAUGCUGGCGAUACUGAGGAAUCAACAAGACUUCAUUUAGCACGCGGUGUUAUUGCUUUAUUCAUUCUCAGCUUCUUGGCUGUUGUUUGUGCUUUCUUUACGGGUCUCUCAGGAUGUUGGAAAAGAUCAGCGGGUGCAAUUACGGCAACAGCAAUAUUGAUGCUUACAGCAUGCUUAUUAGCUAGUGGUGCGAUGGGAUUGUGGCAUACAGUCGAAUUCUUUGAGAAAGAAAAGGUUGUUGGUGAGGAAUUCUACCAACAAUGGCCAAGUAUACUCCGUGAUAACACAAGAAUCUCAUAUGAUUGGUCAUAUAUUGUUGCAUGGGCUGCAAUUGCAUGCGAGUUAAUUGCCGCAAUUCUCCUGUCUGGCUCAGCUGUGUGUUUACGAAGCGAGCGCGAAAAAGAAGAACAGUUAAAUCUUCAAUACUUGAUGCCAGUUUAUCCACAAAAGCAACCACCUUACGGUUAUCCAUAUCCACAAGCACAAAUCUAUCCAGGACCAUAUUAUCACGGCUCUCAAUAUGGACCAUAUAACUAUUGAGAGAAGAUUGUGUAAUAUUUUUUAUGAAAUUGUCUUGAAAACAAAUGUUUUACGAGUAUGAUACGAUUGGCUAAGCACUUUUUUUUAAAGAGUAAGUAAAUCGUAAUCAUCAUCCAUUCAAAACAAAUUAUCAUCUCUUUACAAUCUUCAUACUGGGUGCCUUUUUUGGAUUUUUUUUUUAGUUUUUAUAAUUCAUAUUACACACUAUUCGAUUAAAAACAAUAUAAUUUUUUUUAAAUUAAAAAACAUUUGUAAUAAUGAUGUAAUGACGAUGAGAUGCGAACAAAAUGAGUUUUUUCUUACUUUAGAGGUAUACCUAAAUAAUGAUGUGGAUUUUAUGGUCUCUUAAGUUGAAUAUAUACAGUCCGUCCCCAUUCGUUUGCAUUCAAAAGCUUCUUAAUUUAUGUAAAAAAAAAGUGUCAAAAUCUCCUACUAGUAUUUUUAAACUCUAGAAUGUUAGUGAUUUUAUUCAAAAAUAAUAAAAGAUAGUUCCGUUAAGUUCGUGUUCAUCUCCGAGACCAUAUAUCCAUAUCAAAAAAAUCCACCAUUAAUAAUUUUUAUUAGUUUAAAAUUAAAAUCAAUCAAUCAAAAAAUUCAUGCAACAAAAAAAAUAUAGAAAUACUUUCUAUUAAUAUAAAAUAAGUUAAAAUUCGACUCAUUUAAUUAAUUAACGAUUAUAGGAAAUAAGCAUAAAUAAAAAGAAGAAAAUAACAAUUUUACAUGUGCGAUUCAUUUUAGUGAAUCUCUGCAAUUAGAUGUAAAUACAAUAUAUUAAUUUAAUAAUGUAAAAAAAGAAGACAUUUCAUUUAAUAAGGAAAAAUAAGUAAACUUUCUUAUAAGAUAAGAUCCUUUUCCCAAACCUUAUUGUGUAAUUUU